AUGGCCGGUGAUACACUUUACCUUAUUAUUAUUAUUGUAAAUUACUUUGUACAAUAUCCUCCGGCAGCGCAGGUUCGCAUAUCUGAGGUUAAUGAAACUUUGGUCAAUUGGAAGACUUUGGUGCACGUUGUUGAGUCUCAUCGUGUCAAGCACGUUCAACUGCAUGGUUCUUCCAAGUCAUUUUGUCACUUCGAAUUUGGUGAUUCCCAGGGUAUUAUGGUUUCUGCAGUUGUCUAUGAUGAUGACAUCUCGCAUGUGGAUGGCCUUCUAUUGCCGUUCAAGAAGUAUUACGUAUCAGCUGUGGAGAUUUGUGAAAUUCCAGAGACUACUCCCCCGGGACUUUAUCGAUUCUAUUGGGUUAUUAACAGUAAGACUGUUGUCGAGGAAGUUGCUGAAGAGGUCGGGCCAGUGCUUUCGUUUUAUUUCCAUCUGCGCUCAUUUGAAUCACUUCAUUUUGUGGCUGACACUGAUGAGUUCAUAAAUGUAAUGGGGCUCAUUGUUCAUGCUUUCCUUCCACGAGAUGUUUAUAUGGACGGGACUAUGCGCCAUGGGAGGGACUAUGUCAUAGUCGACCACAGUCCUUUUGACUUUGUGGGAGGAUUUUGAGGCUGUCGAAGGUCAU